AGCUCUCAAAACCGGCCGACAGCGGAGCUGCCCGCUCCCGGUGCCGCUCCCGGUGCCGCUCCCGGUGCCGCUCCCGGUACCGCCGCCGCGGGAGCUGCCCGCGUCCCCGGGGCUGGGGCACCAUGCGUCCGGGCAAGUGACAACGGGGACUCGCUCCGGUACCCAGAGAUCAGAGAUGACCAAGACGUAUGCCAAGCCCAAAGAGAUGGCGGAGCUUGUGAGCACCCAAGCCUGGAUGGACGAAACGUUGAGCUCCAAAGAUGAGCCGAAGGAAGAGGACAGCAGGCAAGGUCCUUUUGGAUUGAUGUCUGGCUUGAAUGAAGAGCAUGACAGCAUCGAGGAAGAAGAGGAGGAAGAGGAUGAUGGGGAAAAGCCGAAGAGAAGAGGACCAAAGAAGAAGAAAAUGACCAAGGCGAGGCUGGAGCGGUUCAGGGCCCGGCGGGUGAAAGCCAAUGCCCGGGAGCGCACGCGAAUGCACGGUCUGAAUGAUGCUCUUGACAACCUGAGGAGGGUGAUGCCCUGCUACUCCAAGACUCAGAAAUUGUCCAAGAUUGAGACACUGAGGCUUGCAAGGAACUACAUCUGGGCUCUGUCUGAGGUGCUCGAAACGGGGCAGACUCCUGAAGGGAAGAGCUUUGUGGAGAUGCUCUGCAAGGGCUUGUCCCAGCCCACCAGCAACCUGGUGGCUGGCUGUCUGCAGCUGGGACCGCAGACCUUGUUCCUGGAGAAGCAUGAAGAAAAGUCCCCGGUGUGUGAAACGGCCAUAUCCAGCCACUCCUUCACCUACCAGUCCCCGGGGCUCCCAAGCCCACCCUAUGGGACCAUGGAAACGCAUCUGCUGCAUUUAAAGCCUCCCACCUUCAAGAGCUUGGUGGAUGCUUCCUUUGGAAACCAUCCCUCUGACUGCACCACUCCCCCCUAUGAGGGUCCCCUGACGCCGCCCCUGAGCAUCAGCGGGAACUUCUCCUUGAAGCAAGAUGGGUCUCCAGACCUGGAUAAAUCCUACACCUUCAUGGCCCACUAUCCCUCAGUCAGCCUGGCUGGAGCACAUGGACAUGCCUCUCACUUCCAAAACACAGUGCCCCGCUACGAGAUCCCCAUAGACAUGAGCUAUGAGUCCUACCCACACCACGUGGCCGGGCCUCAGCUCAACGCCAUCUUCAACGAAUAGCAAAGCAGAGUUAGACCCAAAUUCUUGAUGCAGAGAGAAGUUCAGCUGCAUUGUGGAACUGUUUCUAGAACGGACACAACUGGAGUGAGGAUAUCGCCACUACGGGGUAAGAGACUUCUGAGCAUCUCUGCAGGACAUCGCUGUGGAAGGUUCAGCUGGCCCUCCUGUCCUCUCCCAACAAGUCUGCACUGGUGCCACCUUGCUGAUUUCCGAGCUGUCCCCAGGAGCCACGUGAACCCUUCCCGACAGCUGAACUCUGAGCAGCCACCGCUGAAAGCUGAGCCGUUGCCUCCCGCUCGCUCUCCCCCAGAGAUGCUCAUGAAGGUGGCUUCACCCUGCAGGACUUUCUGCCCGAACGCACUCCAGCACUUGGGAUCCGCCGUUGCCAAGACGUUACGGCUUCUUUUCCUCCCUCCUUGGGGUGGUGGGGCACGGGCACACCACUGUCUCGCAUCAGGUGGAGACAAGUCCCUCCUGCCCCUCGGGAUGACCGGUUCUCCUUCCACACGCUCUGGUGGGGUCAUGGUUUUCCCAGUCCAGCCAUGCCCAGGCAGGCUGACAGAGGUGGGAAUGAUCGCUCGCAGAAGACCAACACGGUUGCUCCUCCUUGAAGCUUCCCACCCAACGGAGAACCUUAUCCUUGCUGCCACCGUAUCAUCCAGGGAUGGCAUGGUCCAGCCAGGCUCAGAGCUUCUCCGUGAUGAUCCCUCCACCGCUCUGCUCCUGUGCUGAGCCCUGCUGCCCGUCCUCUCCUGAGCCUCACACCUUGCCUGUGCCCUACAGCCAGCACGAGAUUAUCAGCACACGGAUCUUGAAACCUCGUUAAGGGACUGUUGAUCUUUCAGAGCGCAAAUAUCCCGGCUGGAAGAGGAGCUCUCAGCUGAACCCUUGCCCCCAACUAGGGCCACAUCUUCUUACGGUUUGUAGUGUUAUUUAUCAUGAUCUGUGUCCUGAAGACAUCCUGCCAAAGGAAGUGUGUCUUAAUUUCCUGUUUUAUUUAUUAUUUACUGUGUGUGGGGGGGGUCUAAUUUAUUUCCUUCCAUUUUACAUGAAAUGUGGAAUGUGCUAAAUAACCUCCUCAUUUUCCAAUUGACUUCCAAGUGCUUAGUUGGAGUUAGCUUUGUGGAGACGUGUGGUUUUUGCAGUGCUGUUGCUCCAGGAUUAUUUAUUAGCCAUUAUUUAUUUAAUUUAUUUUCUUCCUGCCCUUAUGAUCUAUUUUCUGGUGAUGAAACCAAGUAUUUAACCAAGGGGUUACAUAUUUAAUGUUGAGCUACAUAUUUAACAUGGCGAUUUCUUGGAUUUCGGAGGCUGAUUGUGCCCAGCAGCUCCCAACUCAUCCCUUGUAUUUCUAUAUAAGCAAUAACUUUUAAAGGCUAUGCAACUAUUUUUGUUUUCAAGAAAAUCCAGGCAACUAUUUUUGAUGUCCCACUGGCCUUGCGAGCCCGGCUGGCCAAACCUCCCUGUUUUGCAGAGGUGUUUUGUAUAGAGUUGGGAAUUUGGAGAUGACUUGAGCUCCGGGGGUCCCUCCCAGCCCCUGGGUCCUGGGGCUUCUUCCCUUUUGUACUGAGAGCAAAUGUUUAUCCUUUUGUAAAGAAAGCAGAAUUGGGUUUUUAGCUCAAAUAAAGUUGUGGUCUUGUUUCAAGCAG